AUGGUUAGCCUCCACCCAUUUGACUCAGUCAAAGAUUAUGAAAUUAGAUUAGCAUCCAAGUUGGUCAAGGAUUCUCACAAUGCAUCCGAAAAUGUCCACUUUGUUCAAAUUGAUAGACUUGAUCCUCCAAAACAAGAUAUGAAGAAAUAUCUUGAAGCUGAAAGAGCUGGUUUACCAACCCCAGUUAUUCCAAGAGUUUUAUAUUGUUACUAUUAUACCAAUACUUUAGUUUUCAACAAGGCUCUCGUUAAUGUCAGUGUUGGUCACAUUAUCACCAAGACUCAAUUACCAAAAGGUGUUGUUGGUCCACUUUUACCUGAUGAUAUGGUUGAAUGGGAACAUCACUGUAACAACCAUCCAAGAGUUCAAGAAGAAAUUGCUAAAUUGAAAUUACCUCCAGGUUACUCCGUUAGAAAUGAUCCAUGGAUUUAUGCUACUGAUAGUCCAGAUGAAAAAAGACCUUUAUGUCAAUUUUUCAUGUAUGUUUUAGCUGGUAAUGGUCAUUCUGAAUCUAAUCAUUAUUCAUUACCAUUGAAGUUUUCUCCAGUUUUUGAAUGUUUCACUAAAAAAUUCAUUAGAAUGGAUUAUUUACCAGGCGGUUUUGAUUCUACUACUGUUCCAACUCAACCAUGGCAACAAGUUCCAUGUGUUGAAUAUCACCCAGAUUUAAAUGGUGAAGUUUUAUCAAGAGAAGUUAAGCCAUUAAUCAUUCAACAACCAGAAGGUCCAUCUUUCAAUGUUCAAGGCGGUAGGGUUACUUGGCAAGGUUGGGAAUUUAGAGUUGCCACCUCUUCUAGAGAAGGUUUCGCUAUUUAUGAUGUUUGGUUCAAGGGUAGACAAAUCUUUUACAGAAUUUCUCUUUCUGAAAUGACUGUUCCAUAUGGUGAUCCUCGUGCUCCAUACCACAGAAAGCAGGCUUUCGAUUUAGGUGAUUGUGGUUUCGGGGUUAAUGGUAACAAAUUAGCUCUUGGUUGUGAUUGUCUUGGUGUCAUUAAAUACAUGGAUGGAACUGGUAUCCACGCCAAUGGUGAACCAUUUGUUAUUCCAAACACUGUUUGUAUGCACGAACAAGAUGAUGGUUUAUUAUACAAGCAUGUCAACUACAGAACUGAUAAUGCUGUUGUUGCCAGAAAGAGAAUCUUUAUUGUUCAAACCAUUGCCACUGUUGCUAAUUAUGAAUAUAUCAUCAAUGUUAAAUUCCAAAAUGAUGGUACUAUUGAUAUUGAAACUAGAGCUACUGGUAUUUUAUCCACUAUGCCAAUUGAUGAAAACGUCAAGGUUCCAUGGGGUACCAUUGUUGGUCCAAAUGUUAUGGCCGCUUAUCAUCAACAUAUCCUUUCUUUCAGAAUUGAUCCAGCUAUCGAUGGUCAUCAAAACACCGUUGUAUAUGAUGAUGCAGUCAAGAUGCCAACUGACGAACAAAACCCAUUCGGUAUUGGUUUCGUAACUGACAGAAAAAUCGUUGAAAGAUCAGGUUAUGUCGAACAAGCACCAUUUGCCAACCGUACUUACAAGAUCAUUAACGAAAAUGUCAUUAACCCAAUUGCUAAGACUCCAGUCGGUUAUAAGGUCCAAAUGCCAGCUCGUCAAAUGUUACUUGCUGAUCCAAACUCAUUCAACAGUAAGCGUGCUACUUUUGCAACUCAACAACUUUGGGUUACUAAAUACCGUGAUCAUCAAUUAUUUGCUGCUGGUGAAUUCACUAAUCAAUCUCAACAAGAUACCGGUAUUGGUAUGUGGGCCAAUGGUGAAGAUAAGGUCAGAAAUGAGGAUGUUGUUGUUUGGGCUACUUUAGGUUUCACUCAUAUUCCUAGAGUUGAAGAUUUCCCAGUUAUGCCAGUUGAAGUUCAUAAUAUUCAAUUGGUUCCUGCUAAUUUCUUUGACAAGAAUCCUGCUUUGGAUCUUCCACAAAGUAACAAUGCUUUCAACAAAUCUACUUUGGUUAAGGAUGAAGAAGAAAAGUCUUGUUGUAAGUCAAAGAUAUAA